ACUGAUUAUUCAUUCUUGGGUUCUUUUCACAUGAAGAGCAAUCUUCUCACCAACUUCCAUCGCCAACAGCCACUUCCGUCCUCCUCACCUCCUCUACUUUCCUUGGGGCCUCAACUGCACCUAUGCGAUCCGUCUCCGCCCGCCAUCAACUAAUAUAAUCCUGCUGUAUCAUUUCCCCCUCUUGCCCCUCCCCUCACUCUCUCGGCUCUCGGGAAUAUGGCCUCCUCCUCGGCCCCCUCCGCCCCCGUUGGCGCAACCCCCCAGUCUACGGACUCUGCGUCUGCGCAGAGCCCAGAAAAGCUUUCUGCUGCGUCGAAUGACGACCAGAAAGCCUCCGCGACGACCCCCGACGCCCCUUCAGAAACCCCCGCGACGGCCCCGACGCAGCCUCAGCGCGCGAACAACGAUGACGAUGACGAUGACGAUGAAUCCGACUUUGAUGAAUUGGACGAGGUGCUCGACGACUUCAAGCCCAAACCCGCCCCCGCCCCCGCUCAAUCCAAUGCCGCGCAAGCCCCGGCCGACGACGACGACGACGACUUCGACGAGGAGGCCUUCCUCCGCCAACUUGAACAAGACAUGGCGAACAUGAUGGGUGGCGCCGGCAAAGAUUCCACCGGCCCAUCGGGCGCCCCCGCCGACUCGGAAUUCCUCGACCAAGACGCAGAGACCUUCGCCAAGUAUCUCGAGGAAAGCGGCGUCACGCCCUCAGAUUUCUUGAAACAACUUGUCGGAGACGUCAUGAUGAAGGGUGAGGAUGGAGAUGAUAGCACGACCGCUGCCACGGCGGGCUCGUCGUCCUCUGCUGUCCCACCGGCAUCGGCAUCUGGAGGGAACAAUGCGGCCCCGGAGACGUUCAACGAUACGAUCCAGCGCACGAUUGAGCGCAUGAAGGAGUCCGGUGAUAAGGCUACCGCCGCGGCAUCGGAGGAUGACGUCUCGGAUGAUUUGGUCGCGCAGCUGAUUAAGGCGAUUGAGGCGGGAGCGGGCGAUGGCGACGAGGGCGAUCUUACGAAGAUGUUUAUGGGUAUGAUGGAGCAGUUAUCGAACAAGGAGAUCUUGUACGAACCGAUGAAGGAGCUAGAUACGAAGUUUGGCCCGUGGAUCGCCGAGAACAAGGGCAAGGGCAAGGUGUCGGACGAAGACAUGGCCCGGUAUGAGAAGCAGGCCGGGGUGGUGGCGUUGAUUGUGGCCAAGUUCGAGGAGAAGGGGUACUCGGACGAGGACCCGAAAUGCAGGGAGUAUGUGUGGGAGAAGAUGCAGGAGAUGCAAGCAGCCGGAAACCCGCCCGACGAGCUGAUCUCCGCUCCAUGGAUGGAGGAUCUCAAGGGUGCGGGUGGUGCUGGUGGUCCCCCAGAUUGUCCCCAGCAAUGAUCUAAUAAUGCUAUGUAUAGGUGGAUGAUCUUGAACGGACGCCUAUGACCCCUCUAUUGUCAUCACGAAUGUAUGUACAUAUAGUUUGGAUUUUUCUACCGAUCACUCUACAUCCUUUCCACUCAAC